AUGGACUCGACAGUCAGUGCUUUUUGUUUCGUCGUAGCCUUUCUUUCCAUCACUGCUGUAGUAACAAAGAUUGCAAGAAAAAGUAUUACAUCUGAUGUAAUGUCCAGAAAACCUCUGCCACCCGUUGUGAAUAUUCUUGCUAUCUUAAGACUUCUCCCAGCAAUUUUCACAACGGAAAUACCAGCUAUCAUUGACUCUCUUCAUGAAAAAUUUGGUAGUGUAUUCACAAUAAGUUUAUUUGGGACAAAAGUAACAUUUUUGGUCGGACCAGAGGUCUCGCAACAUUUCUUUCAAGGGAUGAAAUCAGAAAUCAGCCACGGCAACUUACUUGAAUUCACUGUGCCCAUGUUCGGUAAACAUGUUGGGUAUUCAGUAGAUGCUGCCACUCGCAAAGAGCAAUAUCGCUUCUAUAUGGAUGCACUUACCAAGCCAUCGGCUUUGAGGAGUCAUGUUGAUCCCAUGCUUCAAGAAGUGGAGGACUACUUCUCAAAAUGGGGUGAAGAUGGUAUAAUUGAUCUCAAAUAUGAACUUGAUUAUCUAAUAAUGCUCAUCACGAGUCGGCGCUUUCUAGGGAAAGAGGUUCGGGAGAAGCUGUUUGAUGAAGUCUACUCAUUAAUUCAUUGUAUUGGAAAUGGUAUCAGCCUUAUCAGUGUUCUGUUUCCAUAUAUCCCAAUUCCUGUACACAAUCGACGCGACAGAGCGCGUGUCAAGCUGGAAGAAAUAUUCUCUGAAGUCAUAACGUCACGAAGGAACUCGAGUCUAGUUGAGGAUGACAUUCUGCAGAAGCUGAUUGAUUCAAAGUACAAUGACGGACGAUGUACCACCGAAGGAGAGGUUUCUGGCAUGACUCUCGCUAUGAUCUUCGCUGGAGAACACACAAGUUCUAAUGCUAGUACUUGGACUGGAGCUCGUUUACUCAGCAAUGACAAGUGGUGGUCAGCUGCAGUCGAAGAGCAGAAGCAAAUCAUUCAUGGAUCCAAUGGUCGAAUAGACUAUAGUUCAUUGUCAGAGAUGGAUGUCCUACAUAGAUGCAUCAAAGAGGCACUGAGGAUGCAUCCUACAGCACCAGUGUUACUUCGCAAAGCCCAUAAACAAUUUGUUGUGCAAACAAAAGAAGGCAAUGAAUAUGAAAUCCCAGCAGAGCAUGCUGUUGUAGUCCCUAUGCUAACCAACAGUAUGCUGCCUUACAUUUAUAAAGACCCUCAUGUGUAUGAUCCAGAUAGGUUUGCUGAUCCCGGGAGAAAGGAAGAUAAAGUUGGUGGAAAAAACUCUUACAUAGCGUUUGGAAGUGGAAGUUUUACUUGCAUUGGGGAGGCUUAUGCUUACUUGCAACUGAAAAUUAUAUGGAGCCAUCUGCUAAGAAACUUUGAGCUCAAACUAGUUUCUCCUUAUCCCGAUACGGACUGGAGCUCGUACACAGUAGGGCCUAAAGGGAAGGUAUUGGUAAGUUACACGAGACGUUGUCUGUCCAGCACUUAG